GGAUGAGUUUGGGGGCUCUGUAGAUUUGUUUUGCUGCAGCGUCGGAGGAAGAGCAGGAUCAGCUGAACUACAGAAGAAAAGAAAAUAUUCCAGGGUUGCUUCAGAAAUUUAUCACCACCAACAACCAGGGCAUUUAACCAAGGUGAAGCACAAGACAUCCAGAAAACUCUCCAGUAAAUGCAAAUAUUGUUUCCUACAUUUCACAGACAAAUGAAGGCAAGUCCCGCCAUGAAGAAACAUCGCCACCCUGUCAAGAGUUUUACUGCACAGAGUGAUCUCGAAAAACACCAGCGCGUUCACACAGGAAAGAAACGGUAUCAAUGCUCAAAGUGUAAGAAGUGUUAUACUACACGGGGGACUCUCAGAGUUCACCAGCGCAUUCACACUGGAGAGAAACCACAUCACUGCUCAGACUGUGGGAACAGUUUUACUACAAGGAGUCACCUCAAACUGCACCAGCUCAUUCACACAGGAGUGAAACCGUAUCAGUGCUCAGACUGUAAGAAGAGUUUUACAACACAGAGUUAUCUCAAAAUUCACCAGCGCCUUCACACAGGAGAGAAACCGUAUAAAUGCUCAGACUGUGGGAAGAGUUUUACUCAACAGUGUAAUCUCCAACUACACCAGCGCAUUCACACAGGAGAGAAACCGUAUCAAUGCUCAGACUGUGGGAGGAGUUUUACUAUUGAGUGUAAUCUCAAAACGCACCAGCUCGUUCACACAGGAGAGAAACCGUAUCACUGCUUAGACUGUAAGAAGACUUUUACUUCACAGAGUAAUCUUAAAAAACACCAGCGCAUUCACACAGGAGAGAAACCGUAUCACUGCUCAGACUGUGGGAAGAGUUUUACUCAACAGGGUUAUCUCAAACUGCACCAGCUCAUUCACCAAGGAGAGAAACCGAAUCACUGUUCAGACUGUAAUAAGAGUUUUACUACACAGAGUUAUCUCAAAAUUCACCAGCGCAUUCACACAGGAGAGAAACCGUAUCAAUGCUCAGACUGUGAGAAGAGUUUUACUGCACUGACUAAUCUCCAACGACACCAGCGCAUUCACACAGGAGAGAAACCGUAUCAGUGCUCAGACUGUGGGAAGAGUUUUACUACACAGAAUUGUCUCAAAAUUCACCAGCGCAUUCACACAGGAGAGAAACCGUAUUAUUGCUCAACUUGUAAGAAGUGUUUUAUUACACAUGCUAAUCUCAUAAUACACCAGCGCAUUCACACUGGAGAGACACCGUAUUCUUGCUCAACGUGUGAGAAGUGUUUUAUUUCACAGAGUCAUCUCAAAAGGCACCAGCGCAUUCACACUGGAGAGAAACCGUACUCUUGCUCAAAGUGUGAGAAGAGUUUUACUACAAAUGCUAAUCUCAUAAUACACCAGCACAUUCACACUGGAAAGAAACCGUAUUACUGCUUAAAGUGUAAGAAGUCUUUUACUACACAGAGUUAUCUCAAAAAACACCAGCUCAUUCACCAAGGAGAGAAACCGUAUCACUGCUCAGACUGUGGGAAGAGUUUUAGUCAAAAGGGAAAUCUCCAACAACACCAGCGCGUUCACACAGGAGAGAAACCAUAUUAUUGCUCGACGUGUAAGAAGAGUUUUAGUACAAAUGGUCAUCUCAAAAUACACCAGCGCAUUCACACAGGAGAGAAACCGCAUCGCUGCUCAGAUUGUGGGAAGAGUUUUUCUACACAAAAUUGUCUCAAAAUACACCAGCGUGUUCACACGGGAGAGAAACCGUAUUGUUGCUCAACGUGUAAGAAGUGUUUUACUACACAUGGUAGUCUCAAAGUGCACCAGCGCAUUCACACAGGAGAGAAACCGUAUCACUGCUCAGACUGUGAGAAGAGUUUUGCUCAACUGGGUAGUCUCCAACUACACCAGCGCGUUCACACAGGAGAGAAACGGCAUCACUGCUCAGACGUUAAGAACUUGGAGUAGGAACUGGGGGGAUGAAUCAGAAGUAGCUGAAUUGGUCCCCCUCAAAAAUGAUAUUGUUCCCACUCAGCUCAGCUGUACUAUUAAAGAGGAGACGGGGUUAGUUUCAGGGUUUGUUAGCGUUUGUUCUGAAGUAUUGUGGUAAGGGGUGGAAGAGAAGGAAAUGUGUGGACCCUCAGUUUUAAAUCCACUAAAUAAAGAACAAAUCUAACUACACAUUAUAGUGUUGAACAUUAUAUAUCAGGAUACUUAUUGUAAAAAAGAAAAAAGGUCUCAGUAGACAAAAUUAAAAACACAGGACACAACACUACUGUGCUUUUAUUUUUAUUUUUUUUGUGGUGAGUGUCUCUCACUUUCUCUAGGUUGUAAAUGUGUAGACCUAUGGGUAGAUGUAAUUACACUAUUUGUUAAAUCGUUGAUGUACUUUUACUAUUUUCUAAUGUACUGAUUUAUUUCUUUUCCAUUUAUAUAUCUGUAAUGCUGAAACAAUUUCUCCAGUAAACUCUAAUAGGUUUAAAAUUCUAAA